GGACUUUCGCCUGUCGAUGUUUGACAGUUUAUUUUAAACGUAAAAAUGGAUAUGUUUGUCUUUUGAUGAACGUAAAUUUAUUUAAUUGAAAAUGCCUGCACGGUAUCAUUUCUGGACUGUCUCGAAUCAUCCCCAUUGUUCAAAAUUAAAAUAUUAUUUAGAAAAUAGGUGAAAAAUGGAUGAUGAAGAAGAAUAUGAUGACCGCGAAAAAUUAUUUCAUAGUACUGUUAGGGAGUAUAUCAUUUAUUUCCUACUAUUUCUACUGCUGUUUAUUUUAAGUUACACAAUUAUUGAUUAUUUUCGAAGAAAAGACAUUGAAGAUUACUUUUCAACAGAUGAAGAUGAAGCUACUGUUUAUAAAGUUAGUUUACACUUGAGUGUUUUCGCCCUUUCUGUGGCAAUAUGUGCUGUAUUAUUGCACCCUUUUUCAAUAGUCAGCAAUGAAGUAUUACUGUCAUAUCCUCGAAGCUAUUAUGUAAAAUGGUUGAACCAUUCUCUGAUACAAGGUAUCUGGAAUUUGGUUUUCUUAUUUUCAAAUCUUUCUCUAUUUGGUUUGCUCCCGUUCUCAUAUUUGUUUACAGAAUCAGAAGGUUUAAGCGGCUGUAGAAAGUCAGUGAAAUCUCGAUUUUAUGAAACAUGUACUGUUUUGCUAUUACUCAUUUUGAUAUCAGUAGGCUUAAGCUUCGUUAUAUCAGCGCUGGUCAACUUGGAAGGCUAUAGACUUCAAAUUUUUUCUAGUUUAGGAAUAUCAUACCUUCCACUUCUUUAUUCCUGUAUGUCAUUUAUUGGAGUAGUGUUAUUGAUAUUAUGCACACCUUUAGGGUUCAUUAAAAUGUUUGGUGUUUUGAGCCGUUUUCUUGUGAAACCGCAAUUUCUCCAAAAUAUUAAUGAUGAGUAUUUUGCUACAGUAAUGGAAGAAGAGCUUUUAGAACGCAGAUUGAAGCAAGUAAUGGCAACUGGUAAAAGUUAUAUAAAGCCAGAACCGAUGUGCAUUCCUAAACAUGAUAAUGGUGAAGCAAUUGAUAUAAUGGCACUUCAGAACGGAGCUCUUCAAAUUGGUCUCAAAGAAAAACUUGACAAAGUUCAAAAGACAAAAGAAAUCCUUGAAAAACAGAGGGCGACUUCAAGUAUGCAUAGGAAUGUAGUUUAUCCUGUAGCGAUGCUUGCGUUACUUGCAUUGACAGCUAUUACAAUACUUCUUGUCCUGGUUAACUCCCUCCAGCUAUUGAUUGGUAUUAAAGCUCUUCCCAAAAGCACAGCGCAAUUCACAUUGGGAUUGACAUCUCUAUCAAAGUUAGGCUCAUUAGGAGCAAGUAUCGAAGUGGUAGUUAUAGUGUACUUAGCUGUAGCAUCUUUGGUCGGCCUGUAUACUUUCCCCUUCCUGGCCAAGAUCCGACCAAGGGCUCACAGGACUCCUCUCUCACUAUUAAUAGCUAACUGCGCACUUCUCCUAAUUCUCAGUUCAGCACUUCCGCUUUUGUGCAGAAUCUUAGGUAUCACAAAUGUUGAUUUACUUGGCCAUUUUGGUAACAUCGAAUGGUUGGGUAAUUUCAAAAUAGUAUUCACUUAUAAUAUUAUAUUUGCUGGAGUUACAUCACUUUGCCUCAUAAAUCUAUUGACUGCACCGGUGUGUAAAGAAUUUUACAACAGGGUUAGAAAUUUUAUUGCAGUUCUAAAAGAAAGUAAAGAAAAAUUUCAUCCUCCGAUUAUUCUUCCGAGUGCAAACAAGCCUCCAGUCAAGGAAGAUUAAAACAGAAUAUAACUGAAUAGUAUGCUGAAUAGAAUUAUGCGGAAUCAAAAUUGUAUGUGAAGAUUUAUUUAUUUGACAGUCUGCAUCUUCUUCGCUUAAUCUAAGCCAGACCCUCUUUUGGAUGAUAAAUAAAAAAUGCUCAUUUUUCGUUUAUAAAUUUUUUGUUUUUUUGAGUUAUGGGCAACAGAUUGUUGAAAUAUAAUUCUUUCUCAACAUUUUAGUCACUUCUUAAUAGAAAAUUAAAUUAGACAAAGGAAAUGGACUAUAAAACAUAUCUUUAAUAGACCUUUUUAUUUUUAUGUUUCAAAUUGUGCUGUGAUCUAUUUUGUUUAGGAGAUUCAGACUUAUUUAUAAUAGUAAUAGGAACUAGAAACUGACUACUAAUGAUAAUAUUAAUACAAUUUUAAGCAACCAUUGUUAAGCUUAACAUAAGGAAAUUCCUCCUUUACUGUUUUAUAUACUUGUUUUGUAGUCAAUGAUAUUUAUGUCCUUUUUUGUUAUUAAUAUUCAUCCUAUCUUCUAUUGAAAUGUAUAAGUUCACGAACUGUAUUAGGAGGCCUUUUAUAAACCCUAAAAUCUAGUCUUGUUUUAUAUUAUUUAAUCAUAUGUAUGUUUGUUACGUAUUAUUCUAUUAUGUAUUUUUUAAUUUUAUUAUAUUUUUUAACUCAUUCAGUGUCUUGUAUUUUAAGGUCUGGGAAUUAAAAAAAAAAAAUUAAAUUCUAUUAGACUAUUUUGAAUUUCUGAAAAUUUGGUAUCUUUUGAAAUGUCUCAACAAUGUUAAUAAAAAUUUUAAAAUUUGCCCUUCUCAAAAUAUUUAUUACAAACAUCACAUCGCAGCAAUCUAGUAGCUAUCAUCAAUUUAUUUAUUUUAUUUCAUCAUAUUGGAUACAAUCAAUAGAUCUAUAAAAUAGAAUGAAAAUUAUUGCAAUGUCUAAAUAAUUAUUAUUUAAAUGUACUUAUUACUUCUCCGUACCUGUAUAUCUCUGGUUGUUCUAAAACUGUUGGUCUCUUAGUUAAUUACCAAUUAUUUACAAAGUUUUGUUGUUAAUUUAGGAAAUUGAAUAUUGUAGUAUUUUUUUUCUUAUUUGCUUGACAUCAUUUUUAUUUUAUUUUAUCACCUUUGCAAAAUUUUAACUCUCUCUCUCUCUC